CACGUACUUAUCCUAGCUUUAGAAGAUCUGAUUACUGUCUCCCAAUAUAUAUAUAUAUAUAUAUAACCACCAUGCUAACGAACUUGGCUGCUCCAAGACCAUUCAUGGAGAUUAUAACAGUACCACAUUAUUCAACCUCAGCUUCGAUUAAUAAAACAACAAUCAUUACGGCCUCAUGCGGAGGAAAUUAUCCAAACUCUGUUCCAUCCAAUACUACUUUACACUUUAAUGUUGCAGCUGGGCUGACCAAGAACCAAGCUAUUGGAAAAAAUUUCAAUUUGAAACCAACAAGCUGGCAGGCUGCUGAGAAGAUUGUUGUUGAGGACAUAUUUGGAGGAAGGUUGCUUCAGGGCGGGCUUGUUUUUCAGCAGAACUUCUUGAUUAGAGUAUCUGAGCUUGGACCUGAUUGCAAAGCAUCCAUAGAAGCCUUGAUUAAUAUUUUGCAGGAAUCAGCAAUGAACCACUUCAAAAGUGCCGGUCUUAUGGCUAAGGAGGUCGGUGCAUCAACACCUGAGAUGAGCAGAAGAAAUCUGAUUUGGGUUGUCUAUAGGAUGAAGAUUGUGGUGGAAAGCUAUCCUUCAUGGGCUGAUAUGAUUCAAGUAGAAACAUGGACCUGUGCAUCAGGAAGGAAUGGCAUGCGCCGUGACUGGAUUGUCCGCGAUUACAAAACUGGGAAAACUCUGCUUCGAGCAUUCUGUGUAUACCUAAUGAUGAAUAAGAGGACAAGAAAAUUGUCAAAGUUCAUAGAGGAAGUAAGGGAGGAAACAAAGAGCAUAUUUAUGGAAAUUACUGAUCCAACCAUCGACGAUAAUGAGGAUGACAGAAAACUAAGGGAAUUGGAUUUUGACACAGCAGAUCAUGUCCAAUCAGGUUUGUUGCCUAAAAGGAGCGAUAUGGAUUUCAAUCAACAUGUGAACCAUGUAAAAUACAUUGACUGGAUUCUUGAGAGUGUUCCUCAUUGGAUAUUAGAGAGCCGGAAAAUGACAAGUAUAACCUUGGAGUUCAUGAAGGAGUGUGGGAUGGACAGUGUGCUGGAAUCUUUAUGUGCUUUUUCCUGCAGAGCAGGGUGUACAAAAAGCGAAGGGAUUGAGUUGGAGCAUACCAUUCGCCUUCAAAACCAAUCCCAUAUAAUAUUGAGAGGAAGGACCACGUGGAUGCCUAAUCAUCCAAAAUAAACAUGUUAAACAAUCACCCGAAAGUACCAUCUUAUAAGUGUCUGAUUCUUAUAAAUCAAAGCCUUGCUUUUUGGUCAAACAAAAAAUCAGGCAACUAAAACAUAAAUCAAUUUAUUAAUGUUUUAAACAUAACGAUUUGGAAUAUUGGUUUCUCUCUUUGACUUUAUACAUGUAUAAGAAGGAUAAUUGCAAUGCUAGAAGUUGGGUUUUGGAGUGAAAUAUUUGUACCCUAAUACAUUUUAUUGUAAGAUAUUACCAAGGACAA